AUGCCAUCUCACCAUCGUUCCGGAAAACGGCUCGCGUCAUCGCUAUCACGACAGGUAUUCAUCACGUGUCUAUUUCUCCUUUUCACCUGCACUUGCAACUCGAGUGGAGAACUAGAGGAAGAUGUUGGACGCGGUUGGGAUGGAGUGCGGGAGGGAACUGUGCCAGCUGUGGUAUAUUGUUUGAAUGAAGCACUGAGACCGCUGGUUGAGGCGACGAAAAUGUGUGCGUUGGGAGGGGAUGUUGAUUUAAUUGCCCUUGAUGGCUAUGAACAAGGGGUGAAGUUCAUGGCUAUUGAUAGUUGGUCGUCGGCAUGGAGCCAUCGACCAGUUUGUCUUGAUGAUGGAGGAGAGAUCGUGAACGAGGAGGUCGGACUUGAGGGGGAGGGGGAGGAGAGGCUUUGUGUUUACACCAAAGCGGGGUUCAAUCGCGGACGAGGGGUAUCGAUUGUUACCACCCCCUCCGUCGCCCAGAAAUUCUCUUCGUUACCUGCCUGCCGUGCUCCGAUGGCCGAAAAGGGCAAGGGAGAGAAUGGCGACGUGGAAGAUUCUGCGAUUUGGUACACGAAAAGUUUGCCUGGCAAGGGUAUAGGUAUGUUAGCGAAGAAAAAUCUUGAACGGGGCGAUUUGAUUCUGGAGUCGAAUCCUGUUUUGAUCGUUAACUCUGCAAAGACGUUGGGGAGGAAGGCUGGGGAGGAGAUACUUGGGCGAGCGGUUGAGCAGCUGGGGGUUGAGACUAGGAAUGCGUAUUUGAGGCUUUCGAGAGGACUGGGGGAUGAGAAUGUGAAAAUGCAGGAUAUUCUGAAGUGGGUUAUCUCCUCGGAUAUUGUGUGGAAUUGUUGUCGUGUUGGUGUAGUGUUGUGGUUUAGGAUGUUGUUCUGAGACUGGCUUGAUAGCCAAGAACAUAUGCUGAUUCGUCUGUCUGGUUUGGUAGAUCAAAUACGUUUGAGGUUCGAGUUGGCUGGUUGAUGCAUCUCGCUAUUUUCUUGGAGCCAGCGAGGUUGAAUCAUGAUUGUGCACCGAAGUAAGACCUCAUUUGGAGAUAGUGGAUUCUGGCUGACUUUAGAAGUGCGCAAUAUUAUGUCGAUUCGGAGACUUUGACACUUUAUGUCCAGGCUGUAAGACCUAUUGCUGAAGAUGAGGAGAUUACCAUUUCUUGUAAGUCUUCAGUUGUUGUAUAGGGGUUGUUCUGGGUUCGAGCCUGAAUCGUUGAUUAUUUGACUCGAAUAUCUCCUCCUAUUGUUAAGGUUGCCGAGCUGUUAUAAACCCCUAUUCCCCACGGUCUCUCUUCAUCGCCUUCGAUCUUCUUCUUACCAUUUACAGACACAAGCCCGUUCCAAAAAGCAGCAGCCAGACAAGAACACCUCCACCAAGCAUUCCACUUCACCUGCAGCUGUAAUCUCUGCACGACAAGCCAAGAAUCAGACAAAUCUCUCACAGAGAUCAACGAGAUCCAAGAACGUCUCGGAGACUGGGAUUCUGACACGCCCGUCCAGCCCGAUGAAGCGCAACGUCUGAUUGAACUUUAUCAAAAGUUGAACCUGCAUGCCUUCCUAGACAUGCCAUUUGGAUUCGCUUCUUUGAUGUAUAACUCUUUUGGGAAGGAGAAGAAAGCAGUUAGAUACGCUCGUAUGGCUGCUGAAGCGGCGGAGAAGAGGUAUGGACCCUCCGCGGCGGAUUUUGGGAUGUGGCAGAGAAUCAUUGGGUUUCCUAAAGGGCAUUGGAGUUGGAGGUACCGGGUGGAUCGGUGAUUGUAAGAGGAUACGAUGCCAUUUCAUGUAUGAUCACGGUAUUCGAAACGAUAUCUGACUGCAAUCAAAAUAAGCUGUCCGCCCACGAAGGAGUAGGACUUGGGGUAGAAGGGUAUCGUUCAUGGUAGCAUGGCAGGCAAGUCCAAGGCACAGUAAACCAUAUCCUGGGCACACACAGAAUAUGUUAUUUGGCCAAGUUUAGCACAGCUAAAUUAGAACAGAAGACUUGCAAGAAGACUGUAAUUAAGAGAGAUGUGUCAAGCUCAACCUUUUGUGUGAUUGAAUUUGAUUCACUGGGUUGUUCUACGUCUCUG